CGAGGAGCGGACUCGGAGGGCAGCGCGAGGCACGGCCGGGCAAGAGGCGGGGGGGUGUGUAGCAUGCGCCCCUGGAGCCGUUGCCGGGCGACCCUGCGGCACCUCUUCCGCCUCCUCGCGCGCGGCUCCCCUCCUUCCGGCCGGCCGCGGCCUAGCGCCGUCGCCAUGGCAACCGAGGCCUUCCCGGGCCUAGACGAAGCGCUCCGCCAGGCCGUCCCGCCGCUGCCUCCUUACGAGACUCGCGAGAAAGCGGCGGCGCCGGCCGGGGCGGCGCUGGAGCAGCGGAGCGCCGAGUUCAUGCGCUUCUACCGGGCUCUGGACGGCGGCGGGUCGCGGCGGGCCGAGCUGCUGAGGCGCCUGGCGGGCGACUUCGGCGUGGACCACGGGCGGGUGGCGGAGAGCAGCGCUCGGGUGCUGCGGUUGCAGGAGGGCGAGCCCGGCGGGCUGCUGCAGGCCGAGGACCGGCUCCGCCACGCGCUGACCCCGCGCUACCGGGGCCUCUUCCAGCACCUGGCGAGGCAGGAGGGCGGGCUGCGCUUCCUGGUGGAGCUGCGCCGGGACCUGCUGGAGGCGAUGGCCGCCAGGGACGCCCCGGGCCCGCACGUCCGGGAAAUGAAUGGAGUACUAAAGAACAUGUUGUCAGAAUGGUUUUCCACUGGAUUCUUAACCUUGGAACGAGUUACGUGGCAGUCUCCCUGCGAGAUUCUUCAGAAGAUUAGCGAUAGCGAAGCUGUGCAUCCUGUUCGAAAUUGGGUGGAUAUGAAGCGCCGUGUUGGGUCCUACAGGAGGUGUUACUAUUUUGCCCACUGUGCAAUACCUGGAGAACCCCUGAUCGUUUUGCACGUCGCGCUUACCGAUGAAAUAUCCAGCAAUAUCCAGACCAUAGUAAAAGAGCCUCCCUCACAAGAAGCAGAAGAUUUGGGCAGAAUUACCACCGCAAUUUUCUACUCCAUCAGUUUGACUCAGCAGGGCCUGCAGGGCGUGGAGCUCGGCACGUAUCUCAUCAAGCGUGUUGUCAAAGAGUUGCAGGUUGAAUUUCCUCAGAUCCACACCUUCUCCACCUUGUCUCCCAUCCCGGGGUUCACCAAGUGGCUGGUUGGGCUGCUGUGCUCCCAAUCCAACGAACUGGGCAGGGGAAACCCUUUCACUGGCCCCGAGAUGCAAGAAAUUUCAGAGAUCGCGGGAUCGCCCCCGGCUGAGAAACUGAAGCGGCUUUUCACGAACAAUGGGUGGGUGAAAUCAGAAAAGCUGGCCGGGGUCUUACAGCAGCCCCUCAUGAGGCUUUGCGCCUGGUAUCUCUAUGGAGAGAAGCACCGGGGCUACGCGCUCAACCCCGUGGCCAACUUCCACCUCCAGAAUGGCGCGGUGCUAUGGCGCCUGAACUGGAUGGCCGACGCCAGUCCCCGUGGCUUGACGGCCUCCUGUGGCAUGAUGGUCAACUACCGCUACUUCUUGGAGGACACGACGGCCAACAGCGCCACCUACCUGGGAACGAAGCAAAUCAAAGCCUCAGAGCAGCUUCUCUCCUUGGUGUCCCAGUUUCAGCAGAGCAGCAAACUUUGAGCGAGCGAAGAGCCGUUCUGGCUAAACGGGAAUCUUGGCUUGGCUGGGGCCCAGCGAGAGGUGGGCUGCUGAGGAACCUUCUGGAUCUCAUCAGGAUCUGCGGUCCUGGGUUCUCCCUGCCUUACGCUGCCCGAAGAAGAAAACCGCACCGUUCCUCGUGCUUGAUUGACCUCACCUUAGAUAAGCGGUGGGGAUUUACUGGUGGUUUCCGUGAAGAGCGUGUUGUCCCUUGUUCUUGGUAGAUCAAUAGUCUUGUUUAACCUGCAUCAUUUGACAGCACUGUUGAACCCCUGGAUGCCCUUGGACAUUAAAGGGAUCAAUAUCAGUGUUCCUAAAAAAAGGGGACAAGCAAGGAAGAACAUUUUUCGCCCAGCUGGGAAAACAAAACAGCAUAUUUUUAACAUUUCUUCAAGGACUGUUUUUUCUUUUUUUCUUUUUCUGCUGUGCUGAAUUCCUGGAUUAGGUUGUCUAAAUGGUGUAGGGUCUCCUGUUUAAACAAGGGGUUGGACUAGAUUACUUCCAAGGUUCCUUUCAACUCUGUUAUUCUAUUAUAUUCCAUCUCAAGGGCUUUGGGGACAACAGUUGCAUGGAAAUGAAGUCUUUGCUGCUACCAAACGGUUUACAAACAAUAGCAAUUCAGCCAUAACUGGCUUGUUGCAGAAAAUUUGGGAGCAUAAUAUUUAAAAAUAUAUUAAAUUAAGGAAGCAAGAAACAUAGGCCAUUAAAACCUAAGGUUUACCAUGUCCCAGAACCCUUGUCUUGUCUGCGGUACGAUUAUUUGACGGCUUUGUGCCUUAGCAUUUUUAGGAAAAGCAUCCAAUUCUCUUAGAUGGAUGAUCACUGCUACGGAUUACAGAUAACCAAGUGGUUUGCCUUGAUUAGGCUCAAAGUGAGGAGAAUUUGCUAUCUCUCCCUUAAUGUGUAUGCAUCAGCAUUUUAACUUAGGAAGCUGAGGGUGUUCCUGAGUUAUUUGCUUAAGUUCUGGGGGGGUUUCUCGAGUUCUUUUCGGGAAUAAUGGCAAAUUGGAUUUAUAGAGUUGAACCAGGAGACAUUGUAACAUUCAUCAGCGAACAAAGGAACAUGCUGGAGAAUGGCAAUAUCCUAAUUAAAAUUGCAUGUUCCUACUUGUCGGGGACGAAAAGCAUAGUUGAGCAGAAGCAUUAAAAGGGAAUUAGUAAACGAGCUUUGAUGCUCAACUCAGGGUGGGAUCUUGAAAAAGCUGCCAAAAGAAAGCCCAACAUCUGGUAGUUUUGUCAGUGAGGGAAAAACCACAACCAAAGAGGGAAAACCAAGUAUGAAGUUCCAGAAUGGGAUUGGGACAAUUUGCAGCUUCGUCUCCCUUAUUCCUAAAUAGAUAAUCUGAAAUUGAAUAAGUGAAGGAACAGAAUGUGCAAAAUUUAUAUUUAAGGGUUGAUAUUAAUGAUCAUUUAUAAUAUUUAUCUGGGUUGCAGCCCUGUCUUCUGGUUCAUAGAUAAGAUAGUAUGAAAACAAACAACCAAAGGACUAGGAUCUGCCAAGUUUAUAUUUCACAGU